GAGCAACCGUUUGCAUCGCGCGCGCACUCUCCCACAGCACUCUCUGUCUGUUUGUGUCUCUCUCUCUCUCUGGUUAAAGGAUAGAAAAAGGAAGAGCGGCGCCACAGAGUCGCCUGCCAGUGCCGCAAAGGAUUCCCAGUUAUCAUUCCAGUUGCUGCUCCACCAUGACGGCAGUGCCCAUGAAAGCCCUCAUCGCGGGCGUCUUCUUGCUGGCCAAUGCCUGGCACAUUUCAGCUGGCCAUGAGCAGCAGCAGCAGCGGCAUCUGCAGUGUUGGCACUGCAGCUCGGACACCAUUGGAGCGGAGGACUUCUGCGAUGUGACCUUCCAGGAGGACAACAUACCCACGGAGCUCAUCAAGGAGCGGAACAUCAAUCUGCUGCGGAGCUGCAACAGCACCAUCAAUUCGGAUCACGAGCGGCCCGUGUGCCGCAAGACUGUCGAGGAGAACAAUGGCAAAAUUAUAACCAAACGCUUCUGCUACUACACCAACAAAUCGGAUCCCGUGGAGCUGUGCAACGUCACCAGCCCGGAGAAGAAUGUGCGGCGAAUAUUCUGCGAGGAUUGCCUCACGGACCGCUGCAACGGUGCCCCAGGACUGGUGGCCAUUAUGACAGCCAUACUUAUGAUUCCAAUACUUGGACUGAUUCCACAACUGUCCAUCUAAAUGAGGCGCAACUGAAGGAAGCAACUCUCCCUCACCCUCUCCCUCUCUAUGUCUCUGUCUUUGUAUUUUAGUUGGAACGUGAUAUUUUGCCUGUGGCCAGAAGCGGCGGGCUGUUUGCUGAUUAACAAUUUAGUUAGUUUAAUUUACACCUUAGCCUAGAUACAACUUCCCCCUCAAAGAUUACAGAUUACAGAUUACAGUUUACAGAUUUAUGGUUGCCAAGUUUGAA